CUCUCCGAAUUGUGAAACUUCCUACACCAAUGAGAGCUACCAGUGACUCUGUUAAGCCACCCCUCCCUUCUCUGCAAGCAAAUUAUAGAGAUUCCUAGGCUCCUAGCCACACUUCAUGUUCGUCCUCAGUGCAGGGCAACAGGUAAGUGCAUUUACACCCCCAAAGCAUAUAUCAUACGGUCUAGAUACACUUUUAGAUGUAUUUACGAAACAAGGAAUUGUGGGUAAGUACCUGGGAAUUGCAAAUUUUAGAAAUAUUUGCCAGCUGUAAAAAUAUAGGUUGAGUUAUAGAAUUCUUCUAAAUCAUGUAAAUUUAUGUGUUUUUAUAAAAUGUAUGGAAGCACCUGCUAUUUAAAGUGGUAUAUACGGGUCCAUUCAAUUAAUAGCAAAUUAUGUUGACUUCAGAUUUAAGUUGGAAUCUUGACGCUAAUAUAGACGAGUUGGAUAAAUUAUUCUAUUGAAUCAAGUUGCCCAAAAUUUUCCAGCUCUUUUAUUUUUAGCUUUAACUUUUGGCAGCGAUGCCAAAAGACUAAAGUUAUACUUCAAGCACCAUAACCACUUAAAUACUUGCCAGAUAUUUACGUAAACAUGUCAGGAAGCCGAUUUUUGUCAUUAUAAUCUUUAUGUAUGCUUUCAAAGUGGUAUAGCCAGCCAAAAAAAAAAGCAUGUUUCAAAAGUAGGGAUUGCUGAUCCAUCAUUUUUCCCGGACACACAUCUUUCCUUCAGGAAAAGUGCUACCCCACAGUAUGACACAUAUAUGCUGCUAUAUUUCACAUCGAUGAUGUUGGUAAACAUUAAUCGCAGUUGGAACCAUGGCAUUUAGACAAACCCUUGAGAUAAUGUUUAUCUUGACCACAAAUAAUUAAAUUCUUGGAUCCUUUGCAUCAGUUAUUACGUAGAAGAAAAGUUUCACAUCUAAUGAAAUACGUUUGAUGUUAUUAUAUUGAGCCUCUUCUUUUUUUUUUUUUUACGCCUGAAGACUUUAAUGUUAUUUACUACUUAACUUUACAUUGUCUGCAGUGUUAUAAAGGAUUCAACGCCCAUCAUCCUAAACUAGUACACACUUCAAAGUUAAAGUUCUAAAGGAUCUGGGAGUCAGCUGUUGUACGAAGGUUCCAUAUUUUAAAAAAGCAGCUAUUAUCUUCCGAUGUCCAGAUACGAUAUGGGAGGUUUAUUUUCUAAACGGUGAAUUCACGAUCGAUUUGCAAUAGAAAAAAAAGCUCUUGGCUAUUAUGUUUUUUAGUUUUCAACUCAUCAAAACUCCAUUUUAGAUGCAUCCCUUGAUAACGGAAAAUUACUUAACAUAUUUAAGGUGUCACAAGUUAGAUCCUGUGCAGGUUAUAGAAACUGCUAUUGAAAAUCAGUACAAAAAUGCAUUUUCAGCAAGAAUUUCUCAAAUAUUUAAAUAGGUGUGUAGAACGUGCCUUCAUUUCCAAAUAUAUUUUAUCAUGAUUUAUUUUAAAAUGUUCUUAAUUUGUUUUACUGGUGCAUUAUAUAGUGACCUGAAAGCUAAAUUCUAGUUAUACGUGUUUAUUUUCUCAUUCUAAUACAGAGAUCUACAAAUAGAUUGUUAGCUUUUGGAGCUAGAAUCCACUGAUGGCUUAGUCAUAUAAUAAUAGAGGGGCUUAUUCACUAAACACCAAAUUAAAACUGAAUUGAAAACCAAACUGCAACAUUUAAGUUAAAAAAAAUCAUGAUUUUGGAAAAAAAUACAACUUGUAUAUUUUAGCCUUUAGUGGUUAAAUCUUACGAAGAAUUAUGGGUCAAUUGUUCAGAAUGCAAAGUAAAUAUAAGCUUUUUGGAUAAAAUUGUUGAUUUUUAAAAUUUACUUUGAAUUUUGAGCAAUUCACAGUUUAGUAUUGGGAAUAAUUACACAAGUGAGUCAGAUUUAAACAUUUUCGAACCAGUUUAAUUUAUAGAUGUUGUUCUGUUUGUUACAAUUUGAAGUAUACGUAUUUCUCACUUUUUGGAUUCCUCAGCAGAAUUUUGAGACAUUCUAUCUGUAUUCAGCCAGUUUUUCUUAUCAGUCUUAACUCACAGGCUGAUAUAGACCUUUUUUUUUUUUACUGGGACAUUGAAAUCAUCUCAUCCCAGACACUAACUGAGCAAUGUAAACAUUUUUCUUGUCACUAAUUUCCAAUUAAGUGGAUAAAAGCUACUGGUAUUUUUUCGUUAUAUGUUUCUUCUAAAAAAAAGAAUUACAUUUCUUUUUUUUUUAAAAUAAAUAAUCCAUAGUUGGCACUUUAAAUCAGGACAAAACAUUUUAUGGGCAGUUGUGAGAAAAAGGAAUUUAAAAAAAAAUAAAAAAAUAUAUGUUUUGUUUUUUUUGGUUACGUAUGGAUCAUGGGAUUUGACGGGUUGAAGCGUCAAUCUUAUGAUUGCCACUUAAUACAUUUGAUUUGACUGUUGGCAAAUCCCAGUCAGUGUUCGCUUCCUUUUUUCGUGUGUGUGUGUUUGUAUACAAUAUAUUAUUUUCUUCAAGCUUUUAUUUUCGUUGUUAGUUUAGAGUGGACCUUUCACUUCUCUGGAGAUCACACAGUUGAAUAAAACGAAAUUUUUAGAACUUGUGUUAACCUUUUAAAAUGUGUUUUAAAGAUUUAGCAACUGACAUUACAAUCCAGUUGAGUCCAGGCACAACCAGGGCACACAAUGCAAACAAGGAGGAAAACAGAAACAUUGUGUCAGGUUGUCCUCUUCCACUAACUUGUUCAAUGAUGGAAAAAGACAAGAAUUCUGGGAAUGAUUGACAGUGGGCUAAGAUGGAGGAACAAUUUGCAGGAUAAAGAAUUGUGGAUUUUUAAAUUUUAUUUUAUUUUUAGGACCUCACAAAUACAUAUUUGCUAAAUAUAGAGAAUAGGUAAACAUUAUCUGAAAAUUCCUGUGAAGUGACAGUUCCACUUUAAUUUAUUAACGCGUCUCAGACUAAUGACCGUAUACAUCAGGGGUAUAAUUGGCUUAUAAAUAGAAUAGUAAGUGGGGGUAGUAUACAUUUUAUAUUAUUAUUAUUAUUAUUAUAGCAUGGUAAUUAUGCAAAGAUAAGAAGUUUGUCUUCGAAAAUCAGAAAAUAAACCCUCCAGAAUUUAUAAAAUGUAUUGUUUGUUUUCAUUCAUUUCGAUAAUUAUUAAACAUUUAUUGAUGUGUAAUGCUAUUUAAUCUGCCGUUGUGUUAUAAGUGUAGGUUAAAAAGCACCCACUGAUGAAGUGGUAUUUAGACUUCGCCAGUGUUAUGAUGUAAUGUAUCUAUUACGGAGAACAAAUGUUAAAGGACAAUGUAAACAAAUAAAAUAAAUAAGGCUUUUGGAUUCUGCAAAAUCCGUUUAGGACAGUGGUUCCCAACCCAAUCCUCAAGUACCCCCUAACAGACCAGGAUUUAAGGAUUAAUCAAUUGUGUCUAAGGUGUAUUUGGGGAAAAAAAACAAAAAACACUUUAGACACAACAGGGUAAUCCCUAAAUUCUGGACUGGUUGGGGGAACCUGAGGACUGGGUUGGGAACCUCUGCUUUAGGAAAUCAAGCUGUAUAUAAAAAUUCUGACUAUGUAUAGUGUGAGACCCAUUUUGUAAGAUAUUUUGACCAGUGAUUCUAGAAGCUAGUAGGUCGUCUCAAAAGCACAAUAUGGAGUGUGCGAUAUGACCAGUCUCUCCUGGGUGUGCCUCAAAAAGCUCAUCAUUAGAAGGACAGAGAUAACAGUGAGCCUCAUUAUCUCCCAAUACACACUCUGUCCUAGGACAUAGCGCUGACUCCAACUCUUAGCUAGCUUUACCUAACCCUACGAAAUUCUUUCAAACACUGGUAUUUGGCCAAAUUAUAUCAUUUUAGGUUUUUUUUAAAAUAAGGUUCACUGUUGCCAUGUUAAAAAUCUUUCCUUCAUUUGAUUCAGAUAUAACAACGUUUGUGUUAGAACCAUCGGGUAGAAAAUAAAGGGGGAAUCUAACAUUUCGCUAACAUACCCUUAGCAUUUAGGUCUGCUCACCACUGAAGCAGACUUGACACUAGUGGUGUAGUCCAUCCCAAAACCAGUUAUUCCCUGUUUUGGGGACAGACAUGUUCAGUGUAAGAAGUUGGGUAAACCCUAAAUAUGGGACAUUAACAGCCCAAAAACAGGGGUGCCCAACAGGUAGAUCCCCAGCUUCCAUUAUGCUUCAUCAUUCCAAAGGCAUUCUAAGGGCAUGCAAAGCAUCAUGGGGAUUGUAGUUCUAUAAGAGCUGGGGAUCUACCUUUGGGCAUACCUGCCCUUGAACAUUGUAGUGUACUUUGCAUAUCUAUGUGGCAGUAGAUUAAAAAAUCAGGGUACCACGUAAUACUAUUGUCUGAUUAUCCAGAAUAUAAUGCCAUUUAGAAAUAGUGUAUCUGUCAGGGUAAAAAGAUGUAACAGGAGUUCUUAGAAAGAAGGAAUAUACAGGCGUUGAUAGGAAAACAUAUACAUUUGUUGAAUAUUUAAUGUGGUGUUCAAGAUUAAAUAGAGCUGCGGGGAUAUUUUUUUUUCUGUUUUAGUGAGAAACUAUUCAAUUUAUUAAAUAAAUGGUAAAAUGUUAUGUUACUAACUGGAAGCAGAAUCACACAAUAUAACCCAUUUUUUUCAAACUUUUAUGUUUUAACCUAAAUUUUGCAAUUGAAUUGUUAAUUCAUUUCACUUAUGGUCCAAAUUCCUGUUCUAUAAUUCUUGCUUUAAAGGAUCUCGUAUUCUGCAAUCCCUUCACUAAAUCCACUGUCCCCAAAUCCUGCCAUCCUUGCAUUAAAUCCACUGUCCCCUAAUCCUGCAAUCCUUGCAUUAAAUCCACAAACCCCUAAUCCUGCAAUCUCUGCAUUAAAUCCACAGUCCCCUAAUCCUGCAAUCCCUGCAUUAAAUCCACAGUCCCCUAAUCCUGCAAUCCUUGCAUUAAAUCCACAGUUCCCCUAAUCCUGCAAUCUCUGCAUUAAAUCCACAGUCCCCAUAAUCAUGCAAUCCCCGCAUUAAAUCCACUAUCCCAUAAUCCUGCAAUUCCUCUAUUAAAUCCACUGUCCCCUAAUUCUGCAAUCCCUGCAUUAAAUCCACAGUCCCCCUAAUCCUGCAAUCACUGCAUUAAAUCCACAGUCCCCAUAAUCCUGCAAUCUCUGCAUUAAAUCCACAGUGCCCCUAACCCUGCAAUCCCUGCAUUAAAUAUAGUCACCCUAAUCCUGCAAUCCCUGCAUUAAAUCCACAGUCCCCCUAAUCCUGCAAUCCCUGCAUUAAAUCCACAGUUCCCCUAAUCCUGCAAUCCCUGCGUUAAAUCCACAGUGCCCCUAACCCUGCAAUCCCUGCAUUAAAUCCACAGUGCCCCAACCCUGCAAUCCCUGCAUUAAAUAUAGUCCCCCUAAUCCUGCAAUCCCUGCAUUAAAUCCACAGUCCCCCUAGUCCUGCAAUCCCUGCGUUAAAUCCACAGUCCCCUAAUCCUGCAAUCCUUGCAUUAAAUCCACAGUCCCCUAAUCCUGCAAUCUCUGCAUUAAAUCCACAGUCCCCUAAUCCUGCAAUCUCUGCAUUAAAUCCAUAGUCCUCCUAAUCCUGCAAUCCCUGCAUUAAAUCCACAGCCCCCUAAUCCUACAAUCCCUACAUUAAAUCCACAGUGCCCCUAUCCCUGCAAUCCCUGCAUUAAAUCCACAGUCCCCUAAUCCUGCAAUCCCUGCAUUAAAUUCACUGCCCCCCUAAUCCUGCAAUCCUUGCAUUAAAUCCACAGUGCCCCAACCCUGCAAUCCCUGCAUUAAAUAUAGUCCCCCUAAUCCUGCAAUCCCUGCAUUAAAUCCACAAUCCCCCUAAUCCUGCAGCCCUGCAUUAAAUUCACUGCCCCCCUAAUCCUGCAAUCCCUGCAUUAAAUCCAGUCCCCUAAUCCUGCAAUCCCUGCAUUAAAUCCACAGUCCUCCUAAUCCUGCAAUCCCUGCAUUAAAUCCACAGUCCCCAUAAUCCUGCAAUCCCUGCAUUAAAUACACAGUCUCCUAAUUGUGAAAUCCUGCUUUAAAUAUGGUCCCCCUAAUCCUGUAAUCCCUGCAUUAAAUCCACAGUCCCCAUAAUCCUGCAAUCCCUGCAUUAAAUCCGCAGUCCCCAUAAUCCUGCAAUCCCUGCAUUAAAUCCACAGUCCCCAUAAUCCUGCAAUCCCUGCAUUAAAUCCACAGUCCCCAUAAUCCUGCAAUCCCUGCAUUAAAUCCACAGUCCCCAUAAUCCUGCAAUACCUGUAGUAAAUCCACAGUCCCCCCAUAUAAGCAAUGCACCUUAAUUUCUGCACGACCAAUCCUUAUAAUGACUGCAGAUCUCCUCCAGUUAGGGCCGGUGCAAGGAUUUUUUCCCCCUCCCCUCCCCCAUCACAAUGCCCCACCGAUAUGAUCUGCCAUAUGAGCCAAAGCCAGUGCUCAUUAAAAAGCCUGCAGGGACAGGCUAUAGACACCAGAACCAUUUCAUUAAACUAUAGAGGGUUCUGGUGACUAUAGUGUCCCUUUAAUGUGAGGUAAAUUAGAGAUUAGUGCCACUAAUAAUAUAUUGGAUUGCCUACUUACCACCAGAUGAGGACAAGAGGAUGACGAUGGGCUCAGACUGCAGUCUGGCUCCACUGGUCUGGUGUUAAAACAGGCUCUCUGGAGGCAGUGCUCACAAACACAACGAACAGGAAGCAGCUCCAUUUUUUGGGGCCCCUUACACAGAUCACGGUCUGGGCUCCCAGGGUCUAACCGUGAGUAUGCCUACAAGGCCUGCCCAUAUGCCUGAUGCCUACAUGCCAUAAGUUUGCUCACAGGGAGUGGAGUGUAUGUGUGUAGGGGAUGUGUUAUGUGUUAUUGUAGAGGAUGUAAUGUAUGUGUGGUUUUAUGGAAUGUAGUGUAUAGGGAUACCAAUUUCUGUAAGGGAUGUAGUGUGUGUGUGUAUAGGGGAUGCAGUGUGUGUUUGUGUGUAAGUAAUGCAUUGUGUGUUUAUGGGUGUGUGUGUGUGUGUGUAAGGGAUGCAAGGUGUGUUUCUGUGUAUGUAAUGUAGUGUGUGUGACCUGUAAGGGGUGUGUUGAGUGUGUGUAAGCGAUGCAUUAAGAGAAGCAGUGUGUGUGUAAGGGAUGCAUUGUGUGCUUCUGUGUAUGUGUUUAAGUGAUGCAUUGUGUGUGUGUGUGUGUGUGUGUAAUGGAUGCAUUAUGUCUUUCUGUGUGUGUAAGGGAAGCAUGGUGUGUUUCUGUGUGAGUUUAGGAUGCAUUGUAUGUAUUAUUGUGUCUGUAUAUGAGUAGGGAUGUAUUGUGUGUUUCUGUGUAUGUGAAAGGAUGCAUUGUGUAUGUGUGUAGUGUAAAGGAGAGGGUUUGUGGGGUAGGAUAGGAGUUGAGAGGGGAGCAGCUCUUUUUUUUUUAAAUUAUAUUUAUUUUGUUAAUAUAAUUUUUUUUGUAUAUUUUUCUUUACGUUUUGUGUCUUACACUCCCCUUUAGUGUAUCUCUUAUAACCCCCUUGUGUGUCUUUUAUCCCCCUCUUUGUUUGUCUCUUGACCUCAUCUUCACCAAUCUAUAUACCACCUGUGAUCUCACCACUGUUCCAUUUCCUUUGUCUGACCACCAUCUGCUAACAUCUGCUAACUCCCUCGAUCUCCAGCACUUCUCCACCAAACUCCAAACACUCCUUUUACCCAUCUCAAAUCUCAACUGCCCUAACUCUGCAACCUCACUCUACAACUCCACUCUCUCCUCUCAACUUGACAUCAUGGCACCUCCUACAGUUAAACACAGCAAGCGCCCCCAGAGUGACAGACUUUCUCGAAUCCAACUUUCUGCUUGAUCCCCUUCAGUCUGGAUUCCGCACUGGUCACUCUGUCGAAACUGCUGUGACCAAAGUAUCCAACGAUUUAAUUGCUGCUUAACCUCGCAGCCAAUACUCUAUCCUAAUCCUCCUUGAUCUUUCUGCUGCCUUUGACACUGUUGAUCAUCAACAGCUUCUUCACAUUCUCCGUAACUUUGGUCUACGGGAUACUGCUCUCUCCUGGUGCUCCUCCUACCUCUUCCAGCGCUUUUUCAGUGUUUCUUUCUCUGGCUCUGCCUCUUCUCCCCAACCUUUCUCUGUCGGCGUCCCCCAAGGUUCUGUCCUCGGCCCCCUACUGUUCUCUAUCUAUACUGCCUCCCUUGGUAAACUCAUCAGCUCCUUUGGCUUCCAAUAUCAUUUAUAUGCAGAUGACACGCAAAUCUACGUGUCCUCCCCUGAUCUCUCUCCGCCCACCUUGACUCGUGUUUCUGACUGCCUCUCUGCUAUUUCCAACUGGAUGGCUGCUCACUUCCUUAAACUCAACCUGUCCAAAACAGAACUUCAAGUUUUUCCUCCCUCAAGUGCUGCUACUCCUGUGUCUGUCUCCAUCCAAGUCAACGGCACUACUAUCCCCUCUACCUCGCAGGCUCGCUGCCAAGGGGAUUCUGACCUCUCUUUCACUCCCCAUGUCCAAUCGAUAGCCAAAUCCUGUCGCUUCCAACUCAAGAACAUAGCGCGCAUCGGCCCAUAUCUAACGCCGGACGCGGCUAAGGUACUGGUUCAUGCUGUUGUUCUCUCUCGGCUUGACUACUGCAAUCCCCUUCUCACCGGUCUUACAUGUUCCCAGCUUGCACCACUGCAAUCUAAAAUGAAUGCGGCUGCGAGGCUCCCACGCCUCCACGCUUUGUCAGUCCCUGCACUGGCUUCCAGUUAGAUAUAGGGCCCAAUUCAAAAUUUUGGCGCUUGCUUACAAAUCCCUACAUAUUGCUGCUCCAACAUACCUAUCCUCCCUCAUACACAAGUAUGUCCCGUCGAGACCCAUGCGCUCAGCCCAAGACCUACUCCUUUUCUCUGCCCGGAUCCCCACCUCUGAUGCUCGCCUUCAAGACUUCUCCAGGGCUGCACCUAUUCUGUGGAACUCCUUUCCCUCCUCAAUCAGACUUUCACCCAGCCUCCACUCCUUAAAAAAAUCUUCGAAAACUCACUUCUUCAUUAAAGCGUAAUUAAACUGUCAGCAGGUUUCUCAUCCCCCACCCAAUGACUCCUUUCCUGCAACUGUCAAAAAUGACCUACCAAGCACUCAAUAAACCCUUCUCUAACAAACUAUUUAAUUCCCCUAUUUUAACCCUUUGUGUCACUAUACCCCACUCCCUCUAGCAUGUAAGCUCAUCGAGCAGGGAUCUCAACCCCCUCUGUUCCUGUACGUCCAGUGGUCUGAUCUCAAUUAUGUGUCUGUUAGUCCACCCAUUGUACAGCGCUACAGAAUUUGUUGGCGCUAUAUAAAUAAUAAAAUAAUAAUAAUGUCUCCCCUACAUCCUUCAAGCCCCUUUGUGUGUCUUUCUCCCGCAAGGCCCUUUGUGUCUUACUCUUCUCAGCUCUUUGGUGUGUCUCUUUUCCCCCCAGGCCCCUCGGUGUGAGCAGGGAUCUCAACCCCCUCUGUUCCUGUACGUCCAGUGGUCUGAUCUCAAUUAUGUGUCUGUUAGUCCACCCAUUGUACAGCGCUACAGAAUUUGUUGGCGCUAUAUAAAUAAUAAAAUAAUAAUAAUGUCUCCCCUACAUCCUUCAAGCCCCUUUGUGUGUCUUUCUCCCGCAAGGCCCUUUGUGUCUUACUCUUCUCAGCUCUUUGGUGUGUCUCUUUUCCCCCCAGGCCCCUCGGUGUGUCUCCCUCACAAGCGACUGUGUGUCUCUCUCCUUAGCCCCUCUGUGUGUCUCUGUCUCCCCUACCAGCCAUUCUGUGCUUCUUUUUCACCCCUUCCUCAGCCUCUCUGUGAUUCAUAUAUACUCCCUCCGUCCCUUAAUGAUCCCUUCCACUUUCCCUGUCCCUUAGUGGUCUCAUCUCCACUUCUCCCAUCCUGUCCCUUAGAACUCUCCCCUCGUGUCCCUUAGUGUUGUCCGCUUCCCUCCUGUCCCUUAGUGCUCUCCUCUCCACUCCUGUCCCUUAGUGAUCUCCAAUCCCCUCCUAUCCCUUAGUUCUCUCCUAUCCCUUCCUGUCCCUUAGUCUUCUCCUAUACCUUAGUGAUCCCCCCUCCCCACCUGUUCCUUAGUGAUCUCCCCUGUCCCCCUGUCCCUUAGUGCUCUCCCCUGCCCCCCCUUAAGAUAGUGCUCUCCCUCCCCCGUUCCUUAGAGUUCUCCUGCCCCCCACCUUUCUCUGAGUGGCCUCUGCUCUCCCCCCCACCCCUCAUCGUUUCCUUAGUGGCCUCUCCUCUCACCCCAUCUUUCCCUUAUGGUCUCUCCACCCCUCCUCCCCAGUGUCCCUUAGUGGUCUCUCCUCCCCCAGUGUCGCAGUGGUCUUUCCUCCCCAGUGUCCCUUAGUGGUAUCAUCCCCCAGUGUCCCUUAGUGACAUCUCCCAUCCCUUCCCUGCUGUGCCUCCUACCUCUUCCUUUCAGUCCGGCUGGAUACAGGAAGCUCCUGUACCGCAGUCUGCACCGCCCGGCUGUGCGCUUCACUCCUGUCUGGUCACUUGAAUCUUGCGCCCCCCCACCGCGGCCAGUGCGACCAAGGAGACUGCCCAAGUCGCCUAUAGGACGUGCCGGCCCUGCCUCCAGUCCUAUAACUUCUACAUUAAAUCAGUUUUAAAUCCACCUGUGCUCGGACAUAAUUCAUUGUGUGACACCAUCAGCUGAUAUGGCUAUACCUAUUGACAAACGAUAAUGACUGCUUUAAGGGAACACUAUAGUGUUAGAAAUACAAACUCUGACACUAUACUGUCCUUAUUUCUUUCGGUUCACUCCCCCCCUCACACACACACACCAGUGAAUAAAGGGUUAAAACCCAUUUGUUUACUUACAUCAUUCCAGGGCAUUUUCAGCGCUGGCUAGUUCUACUCCUCCUGUAACAUCAUGCCAAUGGAGGGACCUAAUGCACAUGCACAGCCUGCACAGCUCUGAAAUUACAGUGUUUUUUCAUUGUAGGGUUAAAGGGACAGAGACACCACACUCAGACCACUUUAAAUAAUGAAGAAAUGGAGGCCAGACUGGAUAUGGUCAUGGGACCUAGAUUGGUUACAAACAGUUAAAAAACGGUUUGAUUAGUUACUUCACCAUGAGCAAAUGAUAAACUCACACAAAAACUCUUAUAGUAAGGUUCCAUUUUACAGCAGUUACAUUACGUAAACGUGAGGUCAAUUUAAUGAAAUUUAAACAAACUUUGUGUGUGGACAGAUAUUGCUCAUGUCUAUUUAGUUUUUAACAUCCCUAGUGCCAGGGACUUUCAUUGUGCCGAGCUGUAACUUACAGAAAAGCAAAAUGUUGUAACAUGUAUUGAACACAGAGAUACAUUGCAGGACAGUCUGUGAUCUCUUCCCUAUUACUGUCUGAAUGUAGUGAAAUAGCAAGAAAUUUCUCAAUGCUUUAAUCUCUAGCUAAAGGGAACUUUGGGGUCUAAUACUUUGCUCCAUCCACGUUAAAGAACAAAUUGGGCACUAAUAGUGACAUUUGCUGCUUCCUCCAUCCUCCAAAUUCUCUGUAACUGUCACUUCUAUUAGGAAAUACAAGGGACAUUUCCUGCUCAAUAUCUUACUCAAUGACAAUGUACAUGGGGCCGCCUAGUCCACAUUGUUCACUGUAUCAGUGUUGGCUAGGUUUGACGCUUCAGAUGGUGUGGACUAUGGCAUGACACUCAGCUGGAUAGGUGACUACAUUUUCCAUCCUCCUCCUCCAAUAUCUAGAACAGGGGUCCCCAAAAGGUAGAUCCCCACAUGUUUUAAAAUUACAGCUUUCAUGAUCAUGGGAGUUGUAGUUCUACAACAUCUGGGAUCUACCUACUUGCACCCCUGAUCUAGAACUUAAUUAGCAUAACACUAUUGCCCACAACUCCCUGUUUAUUGAAUCAUCCCCUCAGUUAUAUGAUACCAACUUGGAACUUUAUGAAUCAUUUUGCAUUCCACUAAUGAGAGAGCAACAUUGCUUUGUAGAUAUGGAUCACAGAUGUAGACACACUCUAAACAGUAUUUAAAAGUAUGCAUCAUGCAUGUAUCGUGCGAGAGGUCCUGAAAUAAUCUUUAGACCUAUUUAUUUUUACUAUGUCUAUAAUUUUGUUAACAUUUUCCCAUGACGUUCUCUUCCAUACAGAUACCCUAACGUGUGAACAUGGCUUCUUUCAUUAAGUGCUGUCCCUUUUACACCCGGGACCCCACUGUGUUCCUGCGGGUUGCCCGUCCCUUUCUCAUGCGCAGUGCCGAACACUGCCCUGUCAUGGUGACCCGCAGCCUAUCCACCUCUGCAGGACUACAGCAACGAUCUAAGGAUGCUGUGCCGCCUACUGGAGGUAAGACAAAGAACUAGCAGUUAUUUAGUCUUUUUUUUCUUCUGAUCGAAGUGUAUAUGUACCAGAUGUUUAGGACUACAUCUCCCCUGAUCUUUGCCAUCAAUAUGGCUCUUAGAGCAUUAUGGGAGAUGUAGUCUACAACAUCUGGAGUGCCCGAAGGGUGUCUACUCCUGUGUUACGUUAAUCUGUCAUGAAGCAGAUAAUAUUGAUAUUGGUACUAAACAGAAAUGCUAAAAGACAAUUGGUGUAAAAUCUAAUAAAUGACAUCAGUAGUUAUCAUUAUUAUAAUAUCAGUUUUUGGGAUGCUUCAGAAUUCUCUCAAUGUGAUAUCUGUCUUUUUUAGUUUCCACUGGAGCCACCAACAGGCGUACACUCGCUCAAGCUGCCCCGCAGGCUGCGACUGCCAAUGCUAAGUGUCCAUUUAUUGAAACAGAGAUGGACAAGGAACAGAGUGUAUUUGUACAAAGAGCUGGACCGGAGGUGCAGGAGGAUUUAAAGACUUUCAAAGCAGGUAUUCCUUAUAGCGGCGUUUAGAGACAGCUGAGAAAGUGUUAGAAAUGUUACAUGAUGCUGAUGUUAAUCCUUGGCACUCCCCGUAUUACUUUAGAAUUACCUUAGAACUUUGCACUCGACAUAACCAUGGGAAUAAAUAAGGUUAUCCGUAUCACAGUUCUAAGGAUGAAUGCAAGGUUACAUAUUGGAAUUGUAUUUGCGAAAAUAAAUGAUGGUCAAAUAUAACAUGAAGAGGACAGAUCGAAGAGCGAUUAAACGGGCAUUAUUUGUUAAAUUGUGCGUACAUUGACAAAAUGUAGGUUUACCUGCCCCUGGCUGUUUAAAAUCCUUUCUCAGUGUAGGAAUCAAAUUUCUUGAAGGUUUAUGAUGGUCAUAAAUUGGCAUUGACAACUCAAAAUAUUUGUGCAUGCGCUAUUAUAAUUUUUAAGUCAUAUUCAUUAUUUUUCAUAUAUAUUUUACCCAUAUACAGAGAUGAGUCCCUAGUGAGACAGGGACAGAGUGACAUACAAAGUGUUUGCAAAUGGAAGACUAAAACGGACAGCGAGAAACUAGAGGCUAAAGAGAUUGGGGGAAAAAUGGCAGAGGAUGUGGGCUGCACAAGUGGGGCAGCAAACUUUGCCUAGAACGAUAAAAGUUCUUGCACAGCCCUUCGGUCUAGUUUUCCAAGCAAGUCCAUUAUAUAUGAUGUUCGUAUUCCAUUUACUGGAUGUUCGAGUGUCAUAAACAUAACCCAUCUUUACUUUUAGAUUUAGAUCUGCGAUAUUAGAGCCCAGAAUGGCAGACAAACAUUUGCUUAAAUACCAGCCCAGCCUGGCAUCAUGGCUCACUGUGAUAAACUUGACAGUCCCGUGUGCCAGAAUCUGAUAUACUGUGCUUCAGGAGGUUGAUUCUACUAAUCAUACCGGCUUACAAUGCAAGGUUAUGUCACCUCAAAUAUUUCAUUUUUUUUAUAUUACUUGUGAUCCCUUUGGGUUUGUUAACUUGCUGGUUCUUUGCUGGCAUUGAGAAAUUGGCAUUUCUUUAUUUCAGUCUCAGUUCUUCUUGCGACCAUCUGGAUUAGAGCUAAGUAGGACCACUACUUCAGAAGGUCCUUCCUAAUGAUAUAUUCAGACAAAGAGUCAAGCUUUUUGCCAUGCAAAAAAAUAUAUAUCCAAAAAUGACUGAGGGUUUGAAAUGCGUAGAACAAUAUCAAAAAAAGAAAAGAACUAUGUAUUAUUUUAUUAUUAUUAUUAUUUGUCUAAAUUGUAGGAAGUAGGCAGAUAAUUGCAUUUAGAGAUGUUAGCUUACCUAAAGGGUAUGAGUCAAACAAACUCAUAUGACAUAUCUCUGUCCUAUCUACAGAUGCUCUAAGCUCCCUGUUCAUGGAAGUUCAGACAAGCCUGAAGAACAAAUUCCUUGGAUCUCCUAAAAAAGUAAAUCUUGGAACUGGUGCUCCAUUCACACCAACUCAUCUGCUUAAAGAAAACCUGUCAGGUACUUAUGGAUAAAUCUGUCCUUUACCAUCCUCUAAAACCAGGUGUGGUUCCUUAACUUGCAUUCUUACGUGUAGGUGGAGCUGCCUUUGGCUAUGAUGAGUUCUUUAGCCGGAGGAUUGAGGAGAAGAAACAGGACCACACGUAUCGGGUGUUCAAAACUGUGAACCGCAAGGCCGAUGCUUACCCGUUCGCUGAAGAUUUCUCUGACCUCCAGGGCGAUAAGAAGGAAGUGUCUGUAUGGUGCAGCAAUGACUACCUGGGCAUGAGCAGGCACCCAAGGGUGCUCCAAGCAAUUUCGUGAGUAGACCUUUUGGUACAUAAAUGUUUUUUAACGCAUAGAUAGGUUACAAUUUAUUAACUAUUAUGUUUAAUAGCAUGCUCAUCCAGAGGGAAAUCCAAUUGAUCUAUGAUUCAAGAGAGAAUUGUUUGUAGAAGGACUAUGCAUCCCUAACAUGAUACUCUCAAUCCCACCCAAUAGGGAGACCCUGAGAGAGCAUGGUGCUGGGGCAGGAGGUACAAGAAACAUCUCUGGAACUAGCAAAUACCAUGUGGACCUUGAAAAUGAACUGGCCGACUUACACUACAAGGAUGCCGCUCUGCUCUUCUCCUCUUGCUUUGUGGCAAAUGAUUCCACUCUCUUCACUUUGGCAAAGAUGUUGCCAGGCAAGUAUUAUUAUAUAAUAUUGAUGACCUGCACAUACCUUGUCAUAGUGUAGAUAAAAUGUAUUAAUAGUCAUGGGGUAAUCUGCGUAACAGUAGAGUGAAAAAACACAAAAAGCAUUUUUACUCUACAUAUUAUAGUGUAAUGAUACUUAAGGGGAAUGUAUAGCUAACAAAAGAUACUUUAAUGUGAAAUAUUUGUUAAUUCACAAAUAUAUGUGUGACGCUUUUAAUAACACAGUAGAAGAUAUUUGUGAUUAAAUUACUGUUUUGCAUCAUGCAUAUUUUCUGGUUUAGAGGGGUUGCCCAGUGCCUCUUCUAUUUUUUAACCAGGUGCCUGCCUGGUCCCUUAAUUCUGAUUGCGUGUGCUUGCUAAUCAUUUACCCUCUUAUUUUCUCCAGGCUGUGAGAUAUACUCAGAUGCUGGGAAUCAUGCAUCUAUGAUCCAGGGCAUCCGAAACAGUGGUGUCGCAAAAUAUGUCUUCCGCCACAAUGAUCCAGCUCAUCUGGAGGAGAUUCUUAAAAAAUCAGAUCCAAAGAGGCCCAAAAUCGUAGCAUUUGAGACUGUCCACUCUAUGGAUGGUAAAGUCAUUUCUGUUUGUUUUGUGUGUGUGUGUGUGUGUGUGUGUGCGUGUGUGUUGUUUUUCAUGUCUUAUCUGUCUUUACCCUGCAUUAGAAUAUGUCCUAAAACAUCAGUUUCAUGAUCUAAUAAGACAUGAGUUACAGAAGUAAGAAGUAGCUUUAGACAUAUAGCUUGAGGAUAUAACCACAUGGUGGGGCCAGAAGGUUUGUUAAUUACUUGUAUUCCUCCGUUAAUAUGACCUAAAAAGACAUAAUCUCCCCCAAAGUAGUCGUCGAUUUUUGUUCAAUCAGAAAUCUUUUACUGGGAAAGAAAUAUUGAGGUUUCUCUCAUCUGUAUCUUUUAGCGUACUUAUACCAAAUACAAUGUUAGACAUGGACAAAGAGACUCACACAGUACAGUUAUACAUUGAAGAUUGAAUACUGCUGGAUGAAGAUAUUUUCAGGGACUUCACACUUGUGCAGAUUUGAUAUUUUCUGACAGGUUAUUAUAUUUACAUAUGUAUAUUUAACAAGUUUUACUGUUGAUGGUGGGGGGGAAAAAACUACACCUAAUCAACUCUAUUAAAGGGACACUAUAGUCACCUGAACAACUUUAGCUUAAUGAAGCAGUUUUGGUGUAUAUAACUUGCCCCUGCAGCCUCACUGCUCAAUCCUCUGCCAUUUAGGAGUUAAAUCCCUUUGUUUAUGAACCCUAGUCACACCUCCCUGCAUGUGACUUGCACAGCCUUCCAUAAACACUUCCUGUAAAGAGAGCCCUAUUUAGGCUUUCUUUAUUGCAAGUUCUGUUUAAUUAAGAUUUUCUUAUCCCCUGCUAUGUUAAUAGCUUGCUAGACCUUGCAAGAGCUUCCUGUAUGUGAUUAAAGUUCAAUUUAGAGAUUGAGAUACAAUUAUUUAAGGUAAAUUACAUCUGUUUGAAAGUGAAACCAGUUUUUCCUAAAUGACAGUGAAUUGAGCAGUGAAAUUGCAGGGGAAUGAUCUAUACACUAAAACUGCUUUAUUUAGCUAAAGUAAUUUAGGUCACUAUAGUGUUCCUUUAGGAAUGUUCAAGUGGAUUUGAAAAAAUGCUGGUCCUGUUUUUUUUUAAUUUGAGGUGUGUAUGUUGCCAUAUUCUGCUUUUCAUAUUUACGGGUGCCGCAGUUGCUUUGUAGUGUUAUAUUUGUGCGUAUGUGGGCUGUUAUAUUGUAUAUGUUUAUGAGUAGUUUGUGGUAUUGUGUAUGGUAACUAUGAAUGUGGGCUGUGUGUGGGGGCUGCUUUUGGAAUUGUUUGUUGAUGUGUGUAUUUGUGGGGCUGCUUGUGGGGUUGUGUGAGUGUCAGUGGUGUUGUGUUUGUGGGGACUGUGUGUGUGCUGUUUUUUUAUUUUUGUGUGAGGGGGAGCCUUAUUCUGCAGCUCUGUGUAUAUCUAGAAGUGUGGGUGGCUUCCCUGAGGUCCAUUGGGGACCGGGCUAGCCAGGUACAUGUCAAGGGCAGGAGCUGAGAUAGGUGCUAAAGAAUGCUCUCCUGCAGCGUGGAUUCCCGUUCACAAGUGGUUGGAUGAAUUGAUCUGAGAUCACAUCUUCUAUGUGCUGCAAUGAGUAAAUUGAGAAUUGUCCCUCACCACCUGCAAUCACCCCUCUGUUUGCUCUAGUAGCUAACUGAAGUUCUACUGGGACUCCGGAUAGACCAGAGCGUGUUUGUCUCUAGCUUCCUUGAGCGCUGUGCAAAGGCACCUAGAGUGCUAUAGUUUGCUGACCCCGGUUCUAGGUAUUCACUGUAUUUGUUGGAUAAGUGUGCACUAAAAUCAGAACAAAUAAGAGAGUGUGUGUGUGUGUGUGUGUGUGUGUUGUACGUUUGUUUCAUCUGAUGUUUCUGUUACUAGGACAUUACUAGGAAAUGCAAGGCCCAUUUUAAGUGAAAGAAAUUAAUGAACAUAAAAGGUCUUCACAAACGUCUCAUUACCAUCAAUGUAAUUCACUAAAAUAUGAAUUGUUUAAAAUUGACUGUUACAUUUCCAAUUUAAGGCCAAACCCAUUGAUCUGGAUUAACUGCUGAGUAGGAGAUUUUUUUUUUACUUUGGCUACUUUUUUUCCCUAAAACUUGAACCUGUGAUGUUUAUUUCUCUGAGCGCAUUUCUAGUGCAAGCUUGUAUUCAUAAACGUUAUUUUCUCUUUAAUUCUCCUACAGGUGCAAUUUGCCCCCUGGAGGAGAUGUGUGAUGUGGCACACAAGUACGGGGCCCUUACGUUUGUGGAUGAGGUUCAUGCUGUGGGAUUGUACGGGGCCCGGGGAGCAGGCGUUGGAGAGAGAGAUGGAGUCAUGCAUAAGAUGGACAUUAUCUCAGGAACACUAGGUAAGCAAAUUAACAUGAUUUUAUUAUAUAGACACAAAUAACAGGAGUUGUGUCAAGAUGAUACAGAGUCCCAACACACACAUACAGAACAGUACGAAGGAAAGUGCGUAUUUACCGGUCCUCAAAGGUGGCCAGGCUAAUAUAAAGAAAAGAAUGGCCAAGGAACAAAGGGAGGUCAAAAGAAGUACAGAAUAGCGAUAAAACAUGUAAACAAGCCAAUGUCAGGAAUGGAGAAAUCAUUAUAAUCAAAAACAAGCCAAAGCCAAUAACUAAAAAAUCAGAGAACAAAACAGAAGACACUAUCAGACUAUAAAGACCUCAACAGGGCACAGACCUAGAGUCUGAUGUUGUCAGAACAAUGGAAAAACGUCAAACAAGUGCAACGCCAGAAUGACACAGUCUGCGUCCUCCUGGCUUUAUAAACAAGUAUGGUUACACCAUUUUGCCUCAUCAUACUUGAGGCUGAAACGAUGUUCAGGAUCAUUAUUUCGACACUGGACUGUGUGAGGACAACUCAAUGAAUUUUCUGUCACCAGAAUGGCACACUGUGUCAUUUUGGUGAUUUUGUGUCAGAACAGGUGAGUGAACGAAGCUGGCUUGAGGUGGGUACCCUGACAAAUUACAUUAGACUUAGCUGUUUAAAAAAUUGAUGGCCAUUUCAACUCCAAAUGGCGUGAUUAGCAGGGACUGGCUGCUGAUAUGGGUUAACUGUUCAUUUAUAUAAUAAUUUAGAUGUGUGAUAAUAUAUUGCUUAAUUAAAAAGCACCUGAUGUAUUUCAAUCAUGGCUAAAUUAUCAAUGAUAAAAUGAUGAGAGUAAAAUAGCGCUUGUCCUUGCAGAGACAAUGUUAAUGGUGUUGGCGGUUAUUAGUGCGCAGUAAUAAUGGCGUGUGUCGAUACAGACCAUGAUGCAGGGCUGUACGCUCUAAUCCCUAUGUAUAAUCCCUUAACAUAACAUGGAAUUCUCUUGACUGUAUCGCUCUUCACUUGAAACUAGGCCUUCACUGCCUGAGAACAAUGGCUGAUUUUGAAGACAGGUGUGGUCCUCUCACCCUCAACAAAUGUAAAAAAAAUCUGGAACGUCACAAUGGCCACUAGAAGUGUUACAGACUCCAAUCAUUCUAUAUACAUGGGUUUAUACAUUAGUCUGCGAUAAAAGACUUUAGCUUUGUGCUAUAUGACUUCUCUGAAUAAACAGCCCACUCGAUGCUCAUCUCCCUACCAACACCACCUAAAUCAAGUGUUCGUUUAUAACCAGUUGAACUGUUGGGAGGUACACUGCAUGGUAAUCAUUUUUGUGGACUAAGAAGAAAGUGUUCUUAGAUAUAGCAGAUUACCACAUGACUUGCACCUUAUUUGAGAGGCCAGCAGGGUCUGAUGUUAGCAGAACAUUAUCUCCUACUAGGAUUUAUUCCGACUAACUAUGACUAUACUAAAUAUACUGAACAGUGUAAAAAAAAAAGUAUUUUAGAAUGUUUGUGCCAAUGCAAUAGGUUAUAAACUAGGAGUUUCAAAAAUUGUUUUGAUAGACACGGAUUAUCUCAAAAUAAUUUUAUUAAAAAGGUGUUCCAAGAACAUAAUCUAGACCAGUGGUAGUCAACCUUUUUCUACCUACCGCCCACUAAUGCAUCUUUUUGGUUGAAAAAAUUUCCUUACUGCCCACCAGUUUUCACGCAAGUGCGGAAUAUUUUUUAGAAAGGAGGGUGUUUUUAAAAAGAUAAAUGUAUGUACAUUUAUCUUUUUAUUUCUACUUAAUGCAUGUUUAUAAUGUUUUUAACUUUAUAAAGUUUAAUGAGAAAACAAUAAAGUAAAUUGAAAUUACCUUUACUAGUGAUUAAUGAGAUCCUUGAGGUUGAUGCUGCGAGACUAAAUAUUUGAUAUCUGGUUUGAUUUUCGUAAGGAACAAACAAAGGUCUCCUCUUUCGGUGAUAUUCAGACGACUUCUCUGUUUUUUAACCUUCCUUAUAUCAAUGCCCAGUAGGAAGGCUGAGCUAGGUAUCCCACUUACUAUUACUUACUAAAGCCCACUAUAACAGACAGGCAUGCAUACAUACAGACACACAGACAGGCACACAUACAGACACACAUAUACAAAGACACACACAAGACAUACAUACAAAGACACAUACAAGACAUACAUACAAAGACACAUACACACACAACACAUAUACAGACACACACACAUGUAUACAGACAGACACACACACACGACACAUACAAAGACACACACAUACAUACAAAGACACAUACAUAAGACACGCAUACAUACACACAUACAGACAGACACACACAAGACAUACAUACAAAGACACAUACACAAACAAACACACACAGAAUAUUUUAGUCACCCUCCUGUUUCCUACCUUUUAGGUGCAGGAAGGUGACAUUCCCUGGGGUCCAGUGGUGGCUCAGGUGGAUGGGAGUCAGAGUUCCCACUCUGACUCCCUGGUCUUCCUCCCGCGCAGCUCUCAGUUUUAGUUGGGAGGAGUGACGUGCAGUCACUUCCUCCCAGCUUUGUGAUGUAAUCUGUUAAAGCGCCCAGCACUGGCCGGGCCUCCUCACAAUCCAUAUCCAUCGGGUGGCCCUGACAGCAUGGGCCACCCGAUAGACCCCUCCAUAUGCGUCCCCGGCGGUUUGCCGCGCGGGCCGGGGCCGCAAGUGGUGAUGGCGGUACCCAGUCGCAGGGGUACCGCCGGCUCGCACCCGCCUAGUCUCUCAAAAUUAGAAAAUCCCUACCGCCCACCUGGAAUCCUGAAACGCCCACUAGUGGGCGGUAGGGACCAGGUUGACGACCCAUGAUCUAGAGUAAUAAUUUUUCUUUGACAAAUUUCGAAUAGAAUUGAUGGUCAACAAGUGUCAGCCAGAAAAAAUACAAACAAGACAUUUUCACCUUAUUAGGCCUAUUCUCACCCAAACCUAUUAAAUCACACACAAGUAUAUCUUAUUAGCCAUUCUCUCACACACCUAGACGUGUAUAGCUAGCCACUCCAUACUAACCAUCUUCUCUCCCAGUGCAGACAGUUUCUUCAAAUUAAAGGGACACUAAGUAACAUAACCACUGUAGCUGUCUGGAGUGGUUAUAUUGCCAAGAGUAUCCUUGUGCUGUUCCUAAUUUUAAAGUGAAACCAUUGCUCUUCCUAAGACCCUCCUUGGUCAUCUUGAUAUUUUUUUAGGAGAAUUAUUCCACAUUAUCAAUGGCAAUUUCAUCCAAUCUGGACACAAAUCUUGAUCUGCCUCAAGCUCUAUCAACCAAUCACUUCCACGCAGGUUGGAUUGAAUUGCCAAUGAUGACGCAGAAGUGUUAAUUCCACAUUAUCAAUGCAGUCAUGGUGGAGGAGUGCUCCAGGAGUUACCAUAACUUAUGUCAUUCCAUUCUUAGAAUGUUUCAAACUCAUGUGGGGAUGACUAGCAUAUUGUGCUGGUCACAUGGUGUCAACUGUGAUGAUCAAUUAUCAUUAAUAAUCAUAUAUAUUUCCUUUGUCUCUAGGGAAGGCAUUUGGCUGUGUGGGAGGUUAUGUGGCAAGUGCAGCUUCUCUAAUAGAUACAGUGCGCUCCUACGCAGCUGGUUUCAUUUUUACCACAUCCCUCCCACCAAUGGUGCUCGCUGGUGCUUUGGAGUCCGUGCGGGUUCUUAAGAGUGAAGAAGGACAAUCACUCCGUCGUGCUCAUCAGCGAAACGUGAAGCACAUGCGUCAGCUGCUGAUGGACGCAGGGCUACCAGUCAUCAACUGCCCAAGCCACAUCAUCCCUAUUAGGGUAAGUAGCAGGUUGCUUUGAGCACUUACUGGUUUAACAAGUGUAGCUUUCUUCAGUCUCGAAUCCUAUCAUGUAGGAGCAAAAUGUCCUUAAAAAAUAGAAAAUAUAUCUAGUACUUACCAUAGUUUGCUUUCACUGGCUAUUCUCCAUGACAGAUUAUGGAUUUGCUCCAUCCUCAACUGUCAAGAUAGGGCAAAAAAAAAGAAAUUCUAAUUAAAGCAUAAAAGGGUACCCCUCCUCCAGGCCGUGUAAUUGCAAAGCGAAGUCAAACUUGCCGUAGGAAGAAAGCCUUAUAAUGGAUAUAAAUACAACUUUAUUUUAAUCAACAGAGUGUAUUUUUUUUUUUUUUUUUACAAGAUAUUGUCUACAUCUCUUUUACUCAACAGCUAGAGAUUAUUUUUAAGAUAUCACUUCUGGGUGGGUACAGAAAACAUCCUUGCUUAUAUUAGAAGAAUGUGCCACUGAUGCAGAAGUAGAAGCCUUCGUAGAUCUGAGUAUCCACCACUGCUUCAUAGAUACAAAAGUUUAGAAAAAAACUAAUUUCAAGGCCGGUCAUUCAGUGCUGGUGGUACUGGAUAUACAGGUGGUCCUUGGAUUAGCAGACCUAUAAUAUUGGUCAGUUCCGAUUGAUCUUCCAAGGAAGAAGAAGAACUAGAGCAGAUAUAGGCAACCUUCGGCACUCCAGAUGUUGUGGACUACAUCCCCCAUAAUGCUCUUACACCUAUAUUGCUGGCAAAGCAUCAUGGGAGGUGUAGUCCAAAACAUCUGGAGUGCCGAAGGUUGCCUAUGCCUGAACUAGAGGAAUCUGGGCCACAGAAGAAAAAAAAGACAAUCCUCAACGGUAUGAAGGGAGGGACCAGAACCUAUCUUCAAAAGUAUCAAAUCACGUCCACUCUGUUACUCACAGCCAUGAAAUUCACCAUUCUCAAUUCCAUAAAAUAGAAACAGUAAGGGAUUGGUAGAGCACAGCUGUAGAAUACUGCAUAUUAUAUGUUUCUAUUGAUUAUAUAUGGAUGUGUGGAUUGACAUAAGUAACAGAUGGUAUAAGUCACAAGUCUUUCUUUGUCUGAGAGCUCUGGAAUGUGGAUUUGGGGGUCUUGUCCUUAUAUGGAUAGAGUUAAACUCUGAGGUCAGUAUGGGCACAUCUAUAUAGUAACAGAGGGACACGAGGUCUCUCUCUCUCCUGGCUGGCUCGCCAAUGUAAAAUCUGGCCAAAUGCUCGCACGUUAAUAUUUGUCAAUAUUAAUGAAAAGUACUAAUAUGCAAUCUGACUUACGGUUUCUUCAGGUUUAUUCUUAGUUACUGAGACAUAAUAAAACAACAAAGGAUGUUACAGGAUAAUGGACAUUCAACAGCAGAUGGUAAUUGCUGGACCUCUUAUAGGAGAGUUACAUCUUGCACAGGAAAGAGAGCCAAGAGCCGAUAGACCUCGUGUCCCUUUGUUCAGUUACUAUAUAGAAGUGCCCAUACUGACGUCAGAGUAUAACUCUAGCCAUAUAAGGCCAAAACCCUCAAAUCCACAUUCCAGAGCUCUCGGACAAAGAAAGCCUUGUGACUUAUACCAUCUGUUACUUAUGUCAAUCCACACAUCCAUAUAUACUCAAUAGAAACAUAGAAUAGGCAAUAUUCUACAACAGCAAUAGGAGUAGGAAGGAAAACUUCAACAAGUUCUGAUUCCAGAACUUGGAGAAUCAACAGGAUCAGUGGUAAAAUAUUCGCUAUGUGAAAAUUCCACUUCUGCAACAGAGCAUUCCAUGCUAUUGCUUGAUUGUAUGUCUGGGCUCCUGUAGAAAAAAAGGCAUGAGACUUCUUGAAAGUUGCCUUUGGAUCUCUUUCUAGGUGUCCCUACUGGGAUAUAGACUGUAGGAAAAUCUAGUUAAAAGUCAGCCAAUGGAGCUGUGUUUACCCUGCAUAAAACUGUAAUGUUUUAAAUUGCAAGGUUAAACUACAGGGCCACAGCACCCAGACCCGUACAUUAUUAUUAAGUGGUCCAGAUGCCUUGAGUGGUCCUUUAGGUUCAUGCAUGGGAUUAUUUAUUAAAUGGUUGUUUACUACGGAAACAUUUUGAAAAGAAGGUUGGUGCCAAGAUUAAUUACUCAAUGAAUGGAUACAUGCCAAAUCUAAUGUUACUGGUAUGCAUGAGCAAUGAAAGGGGAAUUGUUAUGGUGCCUGUUGAAUGGAAUGUACUUGGAAAUUACUACAGCUUCAUUGUCAAAAUACAGUUCGUAAGAAAAAAAAUGUGUUGUAGAACCUUAAAAGAUCGUCAUUUCUGUUCUGCGUAUUGAUAUUUGAGAGAAAAUAUGACACCAGUUAUGUUGUCUGUACCUAGAUCUAGUGUAGGCAACCUUCGGCACUCCAGAUGGUGUGGACUACAUCUCCCCUGAUGCUUUUCCACCAGUGAUGGCUGUAAGAGCACUAUGGGGGAUGAAGUCCAAAACAUAUGAAGUGCUGAAGGUUGCCUAGAUCGUACCUAGAUUCUGGAUUUGAGGUAGGUCUCGACUCUCAAGCGACCCAUGUGUCUGAUGCACCAUGUUCUAUCUUGCUUUAAUGCAUACCACGUGACUGGAUUUUAACACAUAGACCUAGUUCUCAAAGAUAAACGGUGUAACCACUGAAAAACUAUGCACUUUAGCUUAAAUUACACCAGAUCCUAAAUCAAUCUUUCUAAAUUACUUGAAUCUUUAAAAACCUGAGUAUGGAAGGGACCUGGAGAUUUUGAAGCUGUUAUUCUUUAAACCCGCAGGUUGGGAACGCAGCUCUAAAUACCAGGAUUUGUGAUGUCCUCUUGUCCGAAUACAACAUCUACGUGCAGGCUAUCAAUUACCCGACUGUCCCCCGUGGGGAAGAGCUGCUGCGACUGGCUCCCUCUCCACACCACACUCCAGUAAUGAUGAGCUACUUUGUGGGUAAGUACAAGAAUGUUUUUUUUUUUUCCUUUUUUCACAUUCCAAUACGAUAUUUAAGAGGCAAUAAAAUAAAACCACAGAAUGCUCUGCUUUAGCAUAUAGUGCGUUUGCCAGAUUAACAACACAGACUGCUAUUUUAAAACAAAUAGCUUAACGAAGUUUUGCUACCAUCAAACUACUGGUAUGACUGACCACCCUCUAUUUGUUAUAGAGAGCCUGUUGAAAACAUGGAAAGAAGUUGGCAUGCCUACCCAGCUGCCCUCUGCCGCAGAAUGCAAUUUUUGCCACCGUCCCCUGCACUUUGAUCUGAUGAGCGAAUGGGAGCGCACCUACUUUGGGAACAUGGAACCAAAGUACAUCACCAUGUAUGCGUAAAUCAAACCUCAUAUCUUCACUAAGUCCAGAAAAUAGCCAUGAAACCUCCGCAAACCAUCAUAUCAGAAGAUACGCGUGAUUUAUAUAUAUACACAUUUCCUAUCCCAGCGAACACCAGCUUAUUCCUUACACCUACACCUCACAUAAUAUGGGGGGUCAGGUUACCCUUUAAUGGGAGCCUAUUUAUAAAAACUGUGUCCUAAAGAGCAGCAUUGAUUUAGAUGCAGUAUUAUACUAUGCCAAUUCAAUUACCAUCUGUUUUAUAGAAGGGCAUCCGACAUUGCAGUGGUAACCCAACCAGUCAUAAGCCACAUCAACAAUUCAGAAUGAAGAUCUUUCCUAGUUCUGUUCCAACUAGGUGUGCCGAGAUGACAAAUACUAACAGCUGACAUAUUGGAAUCUGGUGGUCUACCAAGAGUCCAACACCCUCCAACCCCCACCAGCACUAUUCUAUAUAUUGUGGCAUAGUGCAAAUGUUAUCUGCUCCCAUACCUUGCCUCCUAUACAUAUAUAACUUAUAUAACAUAUAAAGCUAGUUCUUAGUCACAAAUAGGGCAUUUAUUUAAACAUAUCUACAUUAAAUACAUAUUCAUAUGCACAAGUAUAUUUUCAAGUUCACUUAGUUAUGUCUUAAAGGACAAAUGUCACCUCAAAAACUAUAUAAAUAUAAUCACCUUUUUAUCAAGUUUUGAAAGGAUAUAUAUAUAUAUAUAUAUAUAUAUAUAUAUAUAUAUAUAUAUAUAUAUAUAUAUUAGUUUUCAGGUGACUGUUAAAUAAAUAAUGCCCAUUGUGUUCAUUAUUUUUUGUAAUGUUACAGUCAGUCUAUAAAUAAGCACAUUUAAAUAUUCUAGCAUCUGUUUCCAGGUGUUGAGGGGUCCAUGGUUUAACAAGGACUUUUGAAGUUUAAAGUGUUCACACAAAGAAAACUGACAAUAAACCUAACACUGGUGUGAUCUCUAUUUUUAUAUUUAUUUUUUUGGAAGACUUGUAUUUUUAAUUAAACGUGCCUAUAUUCUCUGCAAAUGUUCUGCUACAUACAUUAAAUCACACUUCUUGUGACACUGAGGAUCACUUCAUCUCAAUGAGGUGAUUUGGGUGCAAUGUUUAUAAUGAAGGAUUAAAGGAACACUAUAGUCACCAAAAAAAACAACUGCAGCUUAUUGUAUUUGUGCUUAUGAGUAUAAUCAUUAACUUCAGGCUUUUGGCAGUAAACACUGUCUUUUUUGAGAAAAUGCAGUGUUUACAUUACAGCCUAGGGAUACCUCCACUGGCUGCUAGAGGGGCUUCCUGGGGCAGGG